GGCAAGCAAACAGAGUGAGCUGAUACCAGCCCGUGCUUUGCAAUACGCGGCCGUGGCCGUCUCAGCAUGUGGCAGGAGCUGUAAAGCUGGAUUUACUGUCUCCUUGGACUGCUGCCAUAAGCAUAACCUCACGCUCUGCCAUGACUUCCGGAGCUUCCCCACCGCCUCGGCUGCAGAUUUUAAACUGGAGACAUUCACAGCUUGAACGCGGCUGACACAGGACAGAAAGAUUUCACACCUUUUUGCUGGAUACUUCCCUGAUAACCUUCACCAGCAGGAGCUGUUACAAGGUCAUUGAACGGGAUCAGUCCUAUAAAUGCUUUUUGCUGGCCCAAUUGGAAUGGUAUGCAAGGAAUUAGAUGCAAAAUGCUUGGGAAUGAAUGUGAAAAAAUCCCUCGGCAGUAAAAGACUUGGUAAUUCUGGAGAAUUUUCUCAAGAGAAUGCAGAUGGCAAAUAUAUUUCCCCAUUCCAUGACAUUCCGUUGUUUGCUGGAUCUAAAGAGGAUAAAGAAAUUCCUGCAAAGAGGUCAAAGACUACUGGAUCUGAGGUCCUGUUUAAUAUGAUUGUAGAAGUGCCUCGUUGGACUAAUGCAAAAAUGGAGAUUGCCACGGAGGAGCCAUUGAAUCCCAUUAAACAUGAUACAAAGAAAGGCAAGCUUCGAUAUGUGGCAAAUAUCUUUCCUCACAAGGGUUAUAUAUGGAAUUAUGGUGCCCUCCCACAGACCUGGGAAGAUCCAAACCAUAUGGAUAACCUUACAGGAUGUUGUGGGGAUAAUGAUCCUAUUGAUGUUUGUGAAAUAGGUUCAAAGAUUCGUUCUUGUGGUGAAAUUAUUCAGGUGAAGGUCUUGGGUGUUUUAGCUCUUGUUGAUGAAGGAGAGACAGAUUGGAAGAUAAUUGCCAUCAGUGCAGAUGAUCCAGAAGCUCAGAAAAUCCAUGAUAUCGAUGAUGUCAAGAAGCACAAACCGGGUUAUCUUGAGGCUACAAUUGACUGGUUCCAGUUAUAUAAAGUCCCUGAUGGUAAACCAGAAAAUCACUUUGCUUUUAAUGGAGAAUUUAAAAACAAGGAUUUUGCUGUUGAAAUUAUUAAAUCUACCCAUGAACACUGGAAAGCUUUGCUUCAUAAAAAAGUUGAUGGAGGUGCUGUAAAGUGCACAAAUAUUCUGGUGAGUGACAGCCCAUUUUGUUGCAGCGAGGAGGAUGCCCGAUCGAUUGUGCAGUCAGCACCAGCAUUUAUGAAUGGAGAUCCUGUUUCACCAGAAGUUGAUUCCUGGUACUUUUUUCCCAAGUGAUCAUCAAGGUCUUCUGAAUGUGCAUCAUCAAAUCUUAAAAAUCUUCCCUUUCUUUGAAGAUAGACAAAAGCACUGAUUGUUGGAUUCCUGUUGAAACAACUUUUCAACUUGUGUAAACCUUCUCUAAUGUAAAUAAACUCUGCCAUUAUAAAA